AUGCCUGAGCAUGACGCGGGGAACGCAAGGGAUGAGACGAAGGAGGUUGGCGCGAUCGUGAUCGCGCCGACGCGGGAGCUGGCGACGCAGGUGCAUCAGGUGCUGGAGCAGGGGUUCCUCGAAGGCGUGGGGCUCACGUCGAUGCUGGUCACGGGUGGGGGGGACCCGGGGAAGGACAUCCAGAGGUUCAGGGAGAAGGGGGGGAACGUCGUGGUGGGGACGCCCGGGAGGCUCCUGGAUCUCUUCCAGUUUCGAGGGGCGUCGGUGGGAGACUUCAACUUCGCGGCGCACGUGCGGUCCCUGGAGGUGUUGGUGCUGGACGAGGCCGAUAAGCUGUUAGAGUUUGGGUUCGCGACUGCCUUGGAUUCCAUCAUCUCUCACCUGCCAAAGCAGAGGAGGACGGGGCUGUUCUCUGCCACGCAGACGCAGGCCGUGCAGGAUCUCGUCAGGACCGGGAUGAGGAACCCGGUGGAGGUGCGGGUGCGAUCGGUGGGGGGGACGGGAGGACGGGACGUGGGGGUCCCCGACACCCUCACCAACUACUACACGCUCUGCGCGGAGGAGCGGAAGCUGGACCUCCUCGCGGCGUUCCUCAGGGAGAAGUGCGCGGAGCGAAAGGAGAAGGUCCUCGUCUUCGUGGCCACGUGCGCCUGCGUCGACUACUUCGGGUCCGCCCUCAUCGGGAUCCUCGAGGACGUGCAGGUGCUGAGCCUCCACGGCCGGAUGAGAGGCCGCCGGUAUCUCGUCUUCGACCGAUUCCGGAAUCUCGAGUCCGGGGUCCUGGUAUGCACCGACGUAAUGGCCCGCGGGAUCGACAUCCCCGACAUCGAUUGGGUGGUCCAGUUCGACCCACCCUCGACCGGUGUGGCGUUCGUGCACCGGGCGGGCCGGACGGCCCGGUCCGGCUCCCAAGGCUCCUCCCUCCUCUUCCUUCUUCCCAACGAACAGCCCUACGUGGAGUUUCUCCUGCUCAACCAGAAGGUGAGCCUGAGCGAGAUGAAAGAGGUGGUCGAGGAAGGGAAGGUGAAACCCACCAAGGAGUUGCUGGAAGGACUUCAGAUCCGGGAUCGAGCGAUGAUGGACAAAGCCAACCGAGCCUUCGUCUCCUUCAUCCAGUUCUACUGCAAGCAUCCGCUCUAUCUCGUCUUCCAGUUGAAGGAGAUGAACCUGGGGAAGCUCGCCCAGGGCUUCGGUCUCCUGCGGAUGCCCCGCAUGCCGGAGUUCCGCGCGCUGGCCCGCGGUCUGCAGGACUUCCAGCCCUCGUCCCUGGAUCUCAAUUCCAUCCCGUACAGGUGAGGGGCGACGGCGCGUGAGGUCUUCCUCUAGGAAAGCGUGGGGUUCGCGAGCGUUUUCGAUCGUGGCAGGGACGACUCGAAAGAGAAGACGAGACGGGAGAAGCUGAAGGUGUUCAACGAGACGGGGAAGUGGCCCCUAUCCAAGACGAAGGAGAAGGAAAUCCAGAGGAGACAGGAGCAGAAGGAGAAACUGAGAGAAGUUUUGAAAGGACCGCAAGGAAAGAGGAAGCGAGUGAAGAAGCACACCUUCUCCCAGGAGGACAUGGACGAACUGGACCAGGACUGGCGGCUCCUCAGAAAGCUGAAGCGGGGAAAGAUCACGAAGGAAGAAUUCGAGGUGGAUUUCUUCAAGGAACAGGAGCCGUCGAGCAAGAAAGCGGAGAAGACCUGAAGCCCGUUCUCCGUCGUUCGCUCUUUGUUUCACUUUGUUAUCUCUCUUCUUUUCGCGAAGAGUCUGUUCCAAUGAAGAUCGUUGAGGAAGACGAGAUGUAUUUCACGAAUCGCGGAAUCUCCCUCCCCGACGAUUGCAUUCCGCGUGCGACAUCGCUGGGUUCGGGU